GGUCCGUUUCCCAUCACCUUGGUGACUUGAAGCAUCAAAGCAGCCAGAACUUAACGUUGCUGAAGACUUGGGAUGUUUGGGUUUUGUUCUUACAAAUUUUUUUUUUAGAGGAAACUUGACAGAGGAACAUAUUUAUAGUCCAAGUAAGUACUUUACAGAGGAAAUUUAGUUUGUGUAACUUAACGAGGAAAAAAAAGGCAGUGUUGCGGUUUCUAGCUUAAAGUGUGUUGGAUUAAUAUUCAUCCAAGGCUGUUUAGCAAAUCGUAUUGAAGUGCAGUUUUUACAGUGUGUGCUCAUCUGCUCCUUCAUGCCCGUGGUAGUUCAGCACCUAAGGGGAAAUGCACCUGAUUUUCAAUCAGUAGAAUAUUAUUUUUUUUUAAAAGAUGUAUUUCAACAACCGAGGAGGAAAUGAUCCUAAAGUAAAUUUGUAAUAAAAGUAGUAAAUGUGCACCUGGACGUAAAGUAUUUGCAGCAUUUUAAUCCUUAUUUAUACCGUGCAUCUCAAACCAAGGAGGAAACACUGAGAAGACAAAAGUACCUCUGAGACCCUGAGAACUCCCCCACACCACCAUGAAUGAAACCGUGCCCGAUACAGUAACUGGAUUAUAAUUUUUGGUGUUACUAAUUUUAUUACUAUUGGCUGCUUUACUUUUUUGGGUUCAUCCUGCUCCUCUUCUUCCUCUCUCCCUUCCUCUUGCUGCUUCCUCUUGGGAAUUAUGGCUCAUCCGGGGAGAAGAGGCUACGAUAACCGGGAGAUAGUGCUGAAGUACAUCCACUAUAAACUCUCACAGAGGGGAUACGACUGGGCUGCCAGCGAGGACAGAGCACCCUUGCCUCCAGGUCUCUCUUCUGCUGCUGCUGCUGCUGCGGUUCCUGCUGCUGCUGGGACUUCCUCUGAUCACACUGGCCUGGUGCCUCCGCACCCCGAGCCCCCCGGCUCGGCUGCUGCUAGCCAUGUGCCCCCAGCUGAGGGGCUGCGCCCUGCACCCCAGGUCGUCCACCUUGCCCUGCGCCAGGCAGGGGAUGAGUUCUCCCGACGCUACCAGAGGGACUUUGCGCAAAUGUCCGGCCAGCUACACCUGACGCCCUUCACGGCCAGAGGCCGCUUUGUGGCAGUAGUGGAGGAACUCUUUCGAGAUGGGGUUAACUGGGGCAGGAUUGUGGCCUUCUUCGAGUUCGGUGGUGUGAUGUGUGUGGAGAGUGUCAACCGGGAGAUGUCUCCCCUUGUAGACAACAUUGCCACCUGGAUGACCGAGUACCUGAACCGGCACCUGCACAACUGGAUCCAGGACAACGGAGGCUGGGAUGCCUUCGUGGAGUUGUAUGGCAACAGUAUGAGGCCUUUGUUCGAUUUCUCCUGGAUCUCUCUGAAGACUAUCCUGAGUCUGGUUCUGGUGGGAGCUUGCAUCACUCUUGGCGCUUACCUCGGACAUAAGUAGAGCCAGCCGGUUUAUCGCGGAUUACAAAAGGCUUUCCGAAUAACAGAAUAAUGUUCUUUUUUCUUUUCUGUAGCACAAUGAUAUUUUAUGAGCAAAACAACUUCCCAGCUAAAGAUUAAAUCAGCUAUUACUGCCAAAGGAAAUAUCAUUUAUUUUUACACUGCAGGAAAAUUAUUUAUUAAAAGAUAUUUACAUUUUAACCUGCUAUUUUCAGAAACUCUGCAAGUUGUAUCUGUCAUCACAUCACGUUGUUAUUCUUAACUUUAAUGAGCCCCAAAGUCUUGUAGGUUGUGGGUUUUUUUUUCAAUUGAUGCAGCUGGCUGGAUUAUUUUAUCUCUGAAGAGCAAAUAUACUGACAAAGACCUACCUGCUUACACUUACAGGGCAGUUACUUGAGCUGCUGAAGGCUGCAUAAUCGUAUUGAUUUUCCUUGCAUUUUUCCAGAUGGCUGGGAGGGAUCUGAAAGACAAGGUCAGCAUGAGCAAAGUUCUCACCCUGUCCUGCUGGGAAGAACUGACGGAGUAUAUGAUUCAACAUGGUACAUACACGGGGUCACGAUGGCAACUUCUUGAAGGACACCUGACUAUGCCUACAGGAGACCAGUUGGAAAUACGAUUGCCUAUGCCUUGUAAACGUGCGUUUUUAAGUUACCAGUUGUGCCAUCACAUCGCAAUUUCCCAAUCCAUGUCAAAUCAAAUGCCUUUCUUUUUGCUGUUAACAGAAGUGUGAAGUUAAAUCUUUGGGGCUUGCAGGAAAUUGCCGUUCCAAUGAUUUUCUCAGAAGUAAAACAUUUUUUUAUGGCUACUGACACAGAAACAUCAGGAGACCUUAAGUGCCUGCUUCAACAGAGCAGAGCUGGAGUCUGAAGACCUGACCUGUGUCCCACUCUAGUGGGCUCAUUUCUGCAACUAAUCCUGUUUACUUACUGAGUUCCUCUAGGGGUUUGAAACCAAUUAGAUGCAGUCUCUAAAUCCCUGAAAGUUGAAAAAGAUCUUAAUUUUAUUUGGCAAGAAGCAGACCUCAGCUAAGUUACAGAUUAGCUCUGACUAUCCUUGUUUAUCAAACUGUACACCAAAAGCGAGUUCAUUUUCACAACAGGAAAAGAAAGUGAGCUUUAUCCUCCUGCCCUCACCCUCAAAAUUAUUUCAUGUUAAUAAUGUCCUAAGACUGUCUGCAGAAGAAAAGAUGAUGAAGAAACUCCAAAUCCUCUCUCUGGACAGAGACUGUCUGACACCUCAAUCGCGCAGGUACUGUCAUUUCAAGCGAAAAUAGGGUGGAGGAAAUGGGAGGGGGGGUGUGAAGUUAUCUGCUCACGUUGCAAAAUGCAACUCAAGUGAAAUUAGUGCAGAGUACUCCAUAUACCGAGUACAUUUUAUAAAGAGAUCCCUGUUCUAAAACCAGAUGUGUCAAUGCAUUUUCAAGUGGGGCUUUCCGUGCGCUCGGAUCGGGGCCAGGAGUCCCAAAGACGUCGAAGAGUCUGAAGGGUGUCCCAUGGGCUGCUCUGAGGCAUGGAAAUGUCUAGCUUCAAAUGUUUAGGUCAAGCACUCUCUAUUUUUUCUAGCAAUUUUUGAAAUCUGGGCUUUGUGGGUAAAUGGACAUCCAGACAUAAGGAGGAAAGGUUGCAAACCUCUGGAUAAAAUGCACCGUACAAUAAGCGCGCUAAGGGUUAAAAGCAAACACACGCAGUAAACAAACUGUGGAUCCAACCUCAUGAUUUCAGUCAAAUAACUUUGUGGCAUUAUAUGCAAAAUAUGUCCAUUAACUUGGGAAUGUAAUAUGUUCAAUGUUAAGGCUGUAGUUGAUAUUGUGUCUUCAAAGCUGCUUUUUGUUUUGUUUUGUUGUUUGGUUGGGGUUUUUUUGUUGGGUUGUUUGGUUCUUUUCAAGAGUUGUACAUCUCAGCUUUUUUACUGCUAUUUAGUUCCGGCACCUACACUUUGUAUGAGCAAAGAUGGAGCGAGCUUCCGUUUCAACUUUGAAAUUGCUUUUAAUUUUCUAGAAACAUAGAAAGGAAAUAUUUCUAAGAACUCAAAAAUGUGACCUGUGCUUCAUGAGAGAAAAAUGGAAAAUCCCACCAUCAAAAAGA